AUGGAUUCCGAUUCACUCACCUCAACAAGCUCGUCUCUUUUAGAGACCUUAACUUCAUUCGCCAAUUCGCAAGCUGGCCAAAGCAAAGAUUUCGCAUCAUUCCCAAGCGAUUUUGAUGAUUCCUUACUUUCAAAAGAGAAAUAAAAUGAUGACGUUGACGGAAAUUGGUUUCCGAGGCGCACUCCCUAUAGAGCAGGUAGGGGCCUAUCCUGAUGAAGCCGAAAGUAAGGCCUCUUUCCUUUUAAAGUAGGCCUUCAGGUUUGGGGAUGCCUUUCCAAAGGGAGAAGCUUUGUUUCUCUUCGAAGGUUUUCCUCCCUAGAUAGGUUUUGGCUACUACACGAUCUACCUUAUCGGGGCCAUCGGGGCAGAUCUUCCUUAGAGGGCUAAUCCCUUUGGCAGGUUGUUCAGAUCGGAAAUCCAAAUGAAAGCCUUUCUCUUUCUUUGUCUCAUGGACGAGAGAGAAGACUAUUUUAGAGCCAGGAAGACGCAAAGGUUAGUGAGCUUGCUGGCUUAUGGCCAUUUUAAUUGCUUAAUUAUAAUUUUACUUUCAAAAGGGAAAAUCGAAAAAGGUGCAUUGCUCAACAAUGGGCGAUAUGAAGUUAUAUGUUCUAUUGGCAAAGGAGCUUUCGGAAAAGUAGUCAAAGCUCUUGAUCUAGUUAGCAAGCGCACGGUUGCCAUAAAAAUUAGCAGAAAUGACCAAUUAUUCCAGUCUCAAGCUAAGAAUGAAGUUGAAAUUCUUACUCCAUUUAUUUUAAAAUUAAUUAAUUAUAAAUAAUAAUUAAUUUAUUUUAUAUUUAAAGAUAAGAAAAGUUAGGCUAUUAAAAGAAGCAGACCAAGCUGAAGGGUUUUUUGUCAAAAUGGUCGACACUUUCAUUUGAAGAGGCGUCACAUGUAUAGUAUUCGAACAUUUGGCAAAAGAUUUAUAUCAGCUUUUAAAAGAAAAUAAUUUUCAAGGCUUCCCUCUUGAGACUAUUAGAAUUUUUGCAUGGCAGCUGCUAACUGGCUUAAGCUUACUAGCGCUUCCUAAUUUACAAAUUAUAUGCCUCUUUAUAUUCUUUUUUCUAAAAAUCCUAAAUUAUCAAUAUAUAAAUGUCUAAUUUCCUUUUAAAUUAAUAGAGAAAUACAUAGCGAUUUGAAGCCAGAAAAUAUUAUGCUACAAUCAAUGGACAGAGCUGGGGUAAAAAUAAUCGAUUUCGGAAGUUCUUACAAAGGCCUAGAAGUUCAAGCUAAAUGUGCACAGAGCAGGUAUUAUAGAGCUCCUGAAGUUUUAUUAGGGCUUCCUUACAGUAACGCAAUAGAUAUUUGAAGUUUAGCUUGCAUUUUGGUAGAAAUGCAUACUGGACGGCCAUUAUUCCCAGGAUGUAACAGUUAUGACCAGAUGCAAAGAAUUGUAAACUUAAGAGGAUUUCCUAAUAAAAAUAUGAUUAGAAACAGUGAAAAAGCGGGCCAAUAUUUUAAUAUUGGUGAAAAAAUUUCAAUGCUAGAGCCUUGCAAGUUGAAAAAUUCGAAGCCUACUUCAAUUGAAAAAUUCAUUGAAAAAUAUGGGGAGUGGGAAGAAGAUUAUACAAUUUUUAUUAAAUUAUUUUAUAUGUUUAUAGACAAAAAUCUAUUUUUUUAAUAAUUUAGAAAAUUGGCAAAUUGAAUUUUUUAUUAAACUUAUAUAAAAUUUUUAUAUCUAACGAACCAAUAUUUUGUUGACUUAAUUGACAAAAUGCUGCAACUUGAGCCAAGCAAACGGAUAUCGGCACAAGAAGCGCUUAGACAUCCAUUCUUUUAUACUAUGUACCCAACUUUGGUAAAGCCGGUGAUAUUGUCACCGAAAAAUACUUUUAAAUCAGUAUCUCCAGACUCUGACUUUUCGUCUCCUUUUUCCAAGAAAUCAACUGCGCCAUCUUCUAACUAUUCACAAGAUGAGGGCACGAUGUAA